UGACGGUAUAUUUAUUACCAGAUUACCAUCAUAACUGAUUAGUAAACGUGCAAAACAAUGAGAUUGUUAAUUUUACUCUGUUUUACAACUUGUGUUUUAUCUUCUGAAGACAUACCUCCACGGGUUAUAGUUGUUGGUUCAGGUGCAUCUGGUAUUGCAGCAGCUUCAAGGCUCCUUCAAUAUGGGUUUAAUAAUACUACUAUCCUCGAAGCUGAAAAUCGAAUCGGUGGAAGAAUUUAUUCCAUUGAAAUGGGUGACUAUUUAGUUGACAUGGGCGCUCAAUGGGUACAUGGCGAAAAAUCCAACGUUGUAUUCGAGUUGGCCGGGCCAUUAGGCCUUCUUGAAAGGUUUUCUGAUAGCGGACUCAAUUUUAACCAUAAAAUAUUUGGAUCAUCGGGAGUAGUAAUACCUGAGAGUGUAGCAACCCCAUUAAUAGAUUAUUUUAUUAACAAUGUUACACACAUAUAUGAUGAUAUCGAUAAUUUGAAAACUGGCUCGUUUGGAGAAUAUGCAGAACCGAAAUUAUAUGAAUAUUUUAAAAAUCAUCCAGAAAUAACUACGGACCAAUAUCAGCCACUGCUACAUUCAUUGAAUAUGAUGCGAAUGGAAGAAGAUGCUGAAUCGGAUUGGUAUGAAAUAUCAGCAAGAGCGAUACGAGAUUUCGAAGGAUGCGAAGGUGACCACGAAAUCAAUUGGAAAAACCGGACAUAUUCUACUAUUCUAGAUAUACUUAUGAAAAAAUAUCCAAAUCCAGAGAAAGAACUUCCAGUAAAAGAUAUAAUUAAACUGAAUACCAAAGUAACGGAAAUAAAAUUCGAUGAAACUCCUUUAAAAGUGACAACUGCUGAUGGACAAGAAUAUUUUGCUGAUUAUGUAAUAGUAACAUCGUCUUUAGGUGUCAUUAAAAAAAAUUACAACAAAUUAUUUAAUCCACCAUUGCCUGAAAAAAAACUUUUGGCCAUUAACAAUAUUUCCUAUGGAGGUGUCGCUAAAAUAAUUCUCUAUUAUGAAAAUCCUUGGUGGUUGCACGACCCUAUCUAUGGGCGGAAUUUAUAUUGGACAGAAAAGGACAGAAAGGAAUUAGAAAAUGAUCCUAAAAAAAAAUGGAUGCUUGGUGUGUACAGAGGAUUGAUAAUUGAGCACAAACCAAAGUUGUUUCUUCUUUGGGUAUGUGGACCUUACGUCCGUGAAAUGGAAUUAACGCCAGAAGCAUUAUUUCAAGAUCAAGUAAAACAACUUGUCACUAAAUUUUUUGGAAAGGCUUAUAAUUUAACUGAGCCAACUAUUAUUAAAAGGAGUUUAUGGAACACCAAUGAAAACUUUCUUGGUACUUAUAGUUCUCAUGGGGUAAAAUAUUAUACAGCUGGUGCUCACAUUGAAGAUUAUGCAGAACCAAUCAUGAAUAAUAAUAAGCCGGUACUGCUAUUCGCUGGUGAAGGUACAAGUGUUCAUUAUGGAAUGGUCCAUGGCGCAAUCGAAACAGGAUGGCGAGAAGCUAAUCGUAUAAUUAUAGAUUACAGCAAAAAUAUAUAA